CGCGGUUUAAAUGAAAGAGCUUGUACCAAGGGAAGUAACUAGCUCUAACCCUAGGAGGCAUGUGUUGACGAAAGGAAAUAUGUCUUCGCUUUUUACCAAAGUUAUUUAUCCCAAACAGGCAUUUCAUUAUAUUUCUGCUACCUUAACACAAAACUGCUGCCGUGUAAACAAUGUGAACCCCUUAUCACAGAAAUUACCUUUUCCUACGAGAUUCUCCUCGUCAGUCUCUCAAACGAAUCCUAUUCAUGAAGAACAAAGUUCUGUUGUCAAAUCAGAUGAGACUGGUGGAUAUAUUGAACUUCCUGUUCCAAAAGAAGAGGAUUAUUUUGGGGUCCAUAAACUGGUUACCAUUAAAAAGCUUUUCUCCAGUCGGGUUCACUUUGGUCACAAAAAGGGACUCCGUAGUCCCUACAUGCUUCCAUACAUUUAUGGAAACCGGCUGGAUGUUGACAUCAUCGACCUUGAAAAGACGCUACCUUUGUUCCAGAGUGCUUUAAAUUUCACAGCACACAUAGCUUACCAGCAAGGCAUCAUUCUGUUCAUGAGUCGCCACAUCCAGAUGAUGCCUAUAAUAGAACGGACGGCAAGAGAGUGCGGAGAAUAUGCAAACUGCCGUGAAUGGGGUGGUGGGAUCUUUACGAAUUCGAAAGUGAUGUUUGGUGCCACCACACGUUUGCCAGAUCUUGUGAUUUUUAUUAGUACUUUAAGCACAGUCUUUGAGCCACACACAGCCAUCCGAGACAGUGCUAAAAUGUGUAUUCCUACAAUUGGAAUCGUCGACACUAACACAGAUCCUCGACUCAUCACAUAUCCUGUACCUGGCAAUGAUGACUCUCCAGCUUCCAUAGAACUCUAUCUUGACCUCUUCAAGUCUGCGAUUCUAAUUGGUAAAGAAAAACGGAAGCAGGAUGAAAGUAAAUUGAUGUAGGGACCUUUUUCUUCUUAUUUUUCUUUUGCAGUUUUUGGAAUGUAGUUGAAGCAAUAAAUAAAUGAUUUGUUUGUAAA